UCGACGUCACUACUGUUGUCAUUGCUGGUCCGCCUUCCGGCCGGUCUGGUGGUCUGUCCGUGGUCUGUUUGGUCUUCAAAGUUAUUUAUCCCUCACAUACAUUCGGACAUGGACGUAACUCUAGACAAGAUGCUCACCUUGCUGUUUUUUAUUCAAAGCUGGUUGAUUCCACAGGCCCAGAGUUUUAAUGUAGGGACCGCAGGAGCCAAAGUGUUCUCUGGGCCGGCGCAGGAGGAGUUUGGUUACACCGUUCAGCAGUUCACCAACCACCAGGGGAAAUGGUUGUUGGUGGGUUCUCCGUGGAGUGGAAGCCCAGACAACAGGAAAGGGGACGUUUACAAGUGUGCGAUCACAGGUCCUGCUUCCAACUGUGAGAGGCUAAAUCUUCAAAACACUGUCGCUAUACCGAAUGUGAUGAACGUCAACGUCAAUAUGAGUCUGGGUCUGACACUCACUCGGACAGCAAACAACGACAAAUUCAUGACGUGCGGGCCACUCUGGGCCCAGAGCUGUGGCAGUCAGUACUAUUACCCCGGAGUGUGUGCUGAGGUCAGCCCUCUAUUCAAAUCACUUCCGGCAUUUUCUCCUGCCCUUCAAACAUGCGGAGGACCCAUGGAUGUAGCCAUUGUGUUGGACGGUUCAAACAGUAUCUAUCCAUGGCCACCAGUGGUUGAGUUUCUCGUGAAACUUUUGGAGAACCUGGACAUUGGACCCCAAAACACUCAGGUCAGUGUCUUGCAGUACGGGGAGGAUACAGCUUUCCAGUUCUAUUUGAAUUCUUACGGCACCAAGAAGGCCAUGCUAGAUGCCGCCAGCAAAAUCCAACAGAAAGGCGGACUGGAGACAAGAACAUUCAAAGCCAUUCAGGAUGCCAGUCAGAAUGCUUUCCUCCCCGCCAGAGGCGGUCGUCCAGGUGCUUCUAAAGUGAUGGUGGUGGUGACUGAUGGGGAGUCUCAUGACAAAGAGAUGCGAGACCAAGUGAUAGCGGCGUGUGAGAAGAUGAAGAUCACCCGCUUCAGUAUUGCAGUCCUUGGUUACUACAACAGGAAUAACAUAGACCCCAAAACUCUAAUUGCGGAGAUCAAGUCCAUAGCCAGCACCCCAACGGAAAGGCACUACUUCAAUGUGUCCGAGGAAGCAGCUCUGUCGAAGAUUGCAGGCACGCUGGGAGAUCGAAUCUUCAACAUAGAGGGAACUGGCAAAGGCGGUGAUUUCCAGAUGGAGCUUUCUCAAGUUGGUUUCAGCGCUCAUCGGACAGAUAAGAAGGAUGGCUUAAUGCUCGGAGCGGUGGGAGCCUAUGGGUGGAGCGGAACGGUCGUUCAUCAAACGGGCCAGAAGUUUGAUGCGCUGCCCAAGAAGGUCUUUGAGAGUACUCUAGAUGACCGCAACCACAGUUCCUAUCUUGGCUACUCGGUGACAUCCCUGAGGCACGGCAGCACUGAGUACUUUGUUGCAGGAGCUCCACGGGCCAACCACACGGGCCUGGUUGUGGUGUACACAGUGGACAGCACAGGACAGGCCUCCAUCAGAGACACACAGAGGGGAACUCAGAUCGGCUCGUACUUCGGCAGUGUGCUCUGCCCUCUCGAUGUGAAUAAAGAUGGUGUGACCGACGUGCUGCUGGUGGGAGCGCCCAUGUUUAUGAGCGAGGAGAAGAAGGAGAGAGGGAAGGUGUACUUGUUCGCCGUCACCGAUGGGAUUCUGAGUGACCAGGGCUUCCUGGAGGGCCCCUCAGCGGUGGAGAACGCCCGCUUUGGCAUGGCCAUCUCUGCUGUGCCCGACCUCAACCUGGACGGCUUCAGUGACGUUGUGGUAGGAGCACCUCUGGAGGACAACAGCCGCGGAGUCGUAUACGUCUACUUCGGAAACAAGACCACCGUCCGACUGCAACACUCACAGAGAAUUGCUGGACUGAAGGUGGACACUGGGCUGCAGUACUUCGGACGCUCUCUGGAUGGAAGUGGAGACCUGAAUGGAGACACCAUCCCUGACAUCUCGGUGGGGGCUUAUGGGAAGGUGGUGCAGCUCUGGUCCAGAGGUGUGGCCGUAGUCACUCCUCAGGUCUCCUUCACGCCUGACAAGAUCACCAUCCUGAACAAGAACUGCGUCUGGGGGGGAAGGCAGGUGUCAUGUUUCACUGCCAGGGUGUGCUUCAGCGCCAGCUUCAGGCCCAGCCCACCCGUCGGACCAGUGGCCAUCAAAUACAACCUGACCCUGGAUGAGGACCUGCAGUCCUCCAGAGUCAGCUCCAGGGGCCAGUUCAGUAACUCAGAGCGCACCCUUCAGAAAGACCUCAGCGUCAGCGCACAGCCACAGUGUGAGGAUCACAUCGUUUACGUGCAGGAAGCUCCAGACUUUGUCACGUCAGUAGCUUUGCGAGUGGACAUCGCCCUCCAGAACCCGGAGGCCAACCCCGUCUUGGACACUUUCAAUAAAGACGCCUGGGAGUUCUUUAUCCCAUUUUCAAAGGAGUGUGGCACAGACGAUGUGUGUGUGAGCGACUUGCAGCUGACCGCGAGGAGGAGUGGAGACCAGUCGAGUUCCUCUCCCAUGUUGGUGAGUCAGAAGAACAGGAGACUGUCUUUCACCGUGUCAGUGACCAACAAGAUGGAGAACGCCUACAACGCCAGAGUCACUGCCUCCUACUCCAAGAACCUCUUCUACUCUUCCGUCACACAGCUUAGUGAUGGCACGGAGGUGAAGUGCACCUCGGUGGCUGAAUCUCAAAUCCUGUCCUGCCAAGUGGCCUACCCUGCACUGAACAAUGACCAAACGGUGACAUUUGAGUUAAUCUUUGACUUCAAUUUCGACCAACUGCAAAGAGAGGCCAGAGUGACCUUUGAAGCCCAAAGCGACAGCAGAGAGGAAACUCCCACAGAUAAUGAAGCCACUCUUUCCAUUCCAGUGCAGUACGACUCUGAGAUCAUCCUCACCAGGGAGGCCAACAUGAAUUUUUAUGUGGUUGAAAAGGAAGAAGUUAAGACGACUUUAACAAGCUAUGAUGACAUUGGUCCUGAAUUCAACUUCAUGCUGAAGGUUUCCACAGUCAACUUCCUAGUUAACCUGGUCUAUCUUACUGUGUCUAUACCAACCAAAACUAAAGGGGGGAACCCCCUGCUUUAUGUGACUGGAGUGAGGACUGCACCGCCCAGCGAGGUGAGCUGUGACAUGAACGGACUCAUCGACCCGCUGAAGAUAGGAGAUAAGAGUGCUCACUCAGUCACCUUUGCCAAAGAGACUUUCAAGGACAAGGAGAAACUGGACUGUAAGACCUUGACUUGCCAGUCCAUGAAAUGUGUCCUCAAAGACCUGGCCAUCAAGAGCCACUACUUUGUGAACGUGACGGCACGGAUAUGGAAUGGCACUUUUGCUUCAGCAUCAUUUCAGGCCGUGUCUCUGAGUGUGAGUGCUGAGAUGGAGACUGCCCAGCCGGACCUGAUAGUGAUCACAGAUGAUCACCGUGAGGUUCAAGUGAUGAUCAGCAAACCUGGAGGGAAAGACGAGGUUCCCGUUGGUGUCAUCGUGGGAAGCGUGCUUGGCGGCCUGCUUCUUCUGGCUAUAGCCACGGCAGUACUGUGGAAGCUUGGGUUCUUCAAGAGGAAGUACGAGCAGCUGAUGAGGGACGGCGAAGCGGACGAGGCUGAAACCGAGGCGCUCCAUGACGACACGCCAUAAGAGCGGAGUCUCCUCCCUCAGGAGUCCAACCCUACCCUACGACAAGCACUUAGAUCCACUUCCUACGACAAGCACUUAGAUCCACUUCAGACGCCAUCGCUCUGGUCCAACAAGGGAGCGGUGUAGUAACUGUGAGAAAGAAUAGUUGGUGUGGUGGAAAGACUUGGAGUGAAAUUUGUUAAAAGGGCUGUUGUUCAUUAAAUGGCCUGUGGCAUUUGUAAAGGGGUUGGGGAGGGGGGUGGGGGGUGCAAUAAGUGACUUAUGUCCUACGAACUAAAAAAAAGAGUCUCUGAAGUGGCAGAGAGAAGGGACAAUGAGACAACUAUGCUGGCAUAGCAAUCUCGUUCAUCUAGUGUGUCUUAUUCUGUCAGUCAAAGCUCCAGUGGACUUCUAGUUUGCUGUUUAGGGUUCAGAUAUUUCCGUCAUACUACUGUAAUACGGCUACUACCAGUCCGUCAGUGAAACGCCAGUAUUUUUUGCAUUCAGUGUCCAUUUGCUUAAUAGCUGGACUGCAUAUCUCUGACAUGGACUUGGAGGAAUGAUGGGAUGUCGGUCACAGACAUGCCUGACUGACUGAGUCGCAGAGUAGGUCUUCUGUAUAUAUUUAAAAAUGAUGUUGGGUUUCUCUGAAUCAAGAUUCGUCCUGUAAAAUUCUUGUUGAAAAGAUAAUGCACAUUUCAGUGUAUGCUGGCAUUUAGUCAGGGUGUGUGUUUUAAAAUGUGAGUUACCAUGUUAAUUUAUUUGAGACUAAAGGAAUUUCAGACUGAAUAUUAGAAGCACCAUUUCAAACAGGAAAGCCAUUAGAAACAUGCUGAAUGAUCAUGUUCUAUGUUAAAUCAGGGUGAGUGUCUCCUAUUAACCACUGGUUAUUUCAAAGACAAAUCUGGGAUACUGCAUCUAGUGCUCAUACAUAUGUAGUUCGAGCUUUCAAAGGCAAGUGUUCAUUUGACUAUGCAUUGGGCGCCCUCCGGUGUUGAAUGUGUGGAAUUGUUGGCACCCCAAGACAAAUUUAGAGAGUUUCGUUUAUCAGACUACAUUGAGUCAGUUGCUCCCAACAAGGUAGUGUUCUGUGCAGUGACCUGUGGAUCCAGGGACAGUCCAAAUCCUUUAAACUUCUGAAACUAUUCAGAAAUGAUACAGAAUAAUAAAUGGAUGAUGACAGAUAACAAAACACUGUUGCACUCAACAGUAGCGUUUUUUCAUACAAAAAAAAUAAUCUUUAUUACAUGGGGUACGAACAGUUCAGUGUACAUAAGAUGUUUACAGUAUGUAACUUUGUUCUUUAGCUGAUGUCUGUUAUGUGAAUGGGAAUGAAACCACUUGUUUUGACUGGCAUUGUAUAUAGCAGGAUUCAUGUUGAAGGCUGAAAUGUGUUGCAUCGCAGUAAAGCCUCUUUAAAGAGUGA